ACAACCAGAGAUGUGUAUUUCAAUGUUUCUAUUUAUUUACUAUCUCUUUUGUGCCUGUCCUAUUUCGAAACAUGGAAUUCAUGUACGAAGAGAAAUAUGUUCCACAUAAAUUAAAGGCUGAGGAUAAAGGCUCAGUGUGGUAUUAUUUUCUGCCUUCUGCUAGUGGGGGACCAACAGCACAAUGCAAAACCUGCAACAAAGUAUUAAAAACAUGCCUGGGCUCCACUAAGGGACUUUUAACGCAUCUAAAGUUCCACAAAAUAGAGUUGGAGAGAAAGCCUGGCCAGCAGCCAGUGAAAAAAUCACCGAAAAUACCACGGCUUAAACGAAAAUAUGAAAUAGUUGACGGGAAAGUAGCUUCACCUAGUCCACCAGGAAGCAAUAAUCCAUCACCCGCAUUCGAAGGAGACGUGAGCAAUCUUUACGAGCAACAAAUUGAGUUCGUCGAUGGCUAUUUAACAGAAAAUCCCAUUACAAAUGACCAAAGGAACAGCGAAACAUUUUUUGAGACUAAACCUACAAAAAUUGCUAAGCGGGUAUCGGGGAAUCAAAAAUUGGAAGAUUUAAAAACCCGCGUAGAAAUACAAUUUAUGCGCACGAAAACAGCAUAUUUCGCAAAACAGAUGGAGAACCUCGACAUAGAACGUUCCAUAAUGUUAUUAAAAGCGAAAAAGCUGGAGUUGGAAGUAGAGAAACUGCGUAAUGAAGGAAACCCAUUACCAACUGAACAAAAAGGCUUUGAAACCGUUAGUGCUGUAGAACUUUAGAGUGACCAAAUAAAAAUGAAGCGAAUAGUAACUCUAAA